CUUGUCUCGGGUCCGUGCGGGUGAGGGGGGCGUGGCGACAGGAAAGGAGGAAGGAGGGGCGCGGUUUCGAGCCUUUCCCCGGCGCCUGGCAGGAUACCCCCUCAGUUCUGCGCUGCUCCCGUUCCCCAUCCCCAGAGCAAGAUCCAGGAUGAGAAGACUGAUAAAAGAAGAAGCUAGCUGAAGAGCUAUAAAAUGCCCAAAUCUGGGUUCACAAAACCAGUUCAGAGUGAAAAUUCUGACAGUGACAGCAAUAUGGUAGAGAAACCAUAUGGAAGAAAGAGUAAAGACAAGAUUGCAUCCUACAGCAAAACUCCAAAAAUUGACCGAAGUGAUGUGAGCAAGGAGAUGAGAGAGAAAUCAUCCAUGAAACGUAAACUUCCUUUUACCAUUAGCCCAUCAAGAAAUGAAGAACGAGAUUCAGAUACAGAUUCAGAUCCAGGACAUACAAGUGAAAAUUGGGGGGAGAGACUUAUAUCUUCUUACAGGACAUACUCAGAGAAAGAAGGUCCAGAAAAGAAGAAAACCAAAAAAGAAGCUGGAAAUAAGAAAUCCACACCAGUCAGCAUUCUUUUUGGUUAUCCACUCUCUGAGCGAAAACAGAUGGCACUUCUUAUGCAGAUGACGGCAAGAGACAACAGUCCAGAUUCCACACCAAGUCAUCCAUCACAAACAACACCUGCCCAAAAGAAAACUCCUAGUUCUUCAUCUCGUCAGAAAGAUAAAGUUAAUAAAAGAAAUGAACGUGGUGAAACUCCCUUACACAUGGCCGCUAUUCGAGGAGAUGUUAAGCAAGUUAAAGAAUUAAUAAGUUUAGGGGCAAAUGUGAAUGUGAAAGAUUUUGCAGGUUGGACACCACUGCAUGAAGCUUGCAAUGUUGGAUAUUAUGAUGUUGCUAAGAUACUUAUAGCAGCUGGAGCAGAUGUUAACACACAAGGAUUAGAUGAUGACACUCCACUCCAUGAUUCUGCUAGUAGUGGGCACAGAGAUAUAGUAAAGCUGUUACUUCGUCAUGGUGGAAAUCCAUUUCAAGCUAAUAAACAUGGGGAGCGUCCAGUGGAUGUAGCAGAAACGGAGGAGUUGGAGUUGCUGCUAAAAAGAGAGGUGCCUUUAUCUGAUGAUGAUGAAAGUUACACAGAUUCUGAAGAGGCUCAAUCUGUAAAUCCUUCUAGUGUUGAUGAAAAUAUUGACUCUGAAACAGAGAAAGACUCUCUCAUCUGUGAAAGUAAACAAAUCCUUCCCAGUAAAACACCUCUUCCAUCUGCCCUUGAUGAGUAUGAGUUCAAAGAUGACGAUGAUGAAGAAAUUAAUAAGAUGAUUGAUGAUAGGCAUAUUCUUAGGAAAGAACAACGAAAAGAAAAUGAACCCGAAGCAGAAAAAACUAGUUUAUUUGCAAAACAGGAGAAAGCCUUCUAUCCUAAAUCAUUUAAAAAUAAAAAACAAAAGCCAUCUAGGGUUUUAUAUUCAAGUACUGAAAGUUCUGAUGAAGAAGCUCUUCAGAAUAAAAAGAUUUCUACUACAUGUUCUGUUAUCCCUGAAACUUCAAAUUCUGAUACACAAACCAAAAAGGAAUAUGUAGUUACAGGUGAACACAAACAGAAAGGCAAAGUUAAAAGAAAAUUGAAGAACCAGAAUAAAAAUAAAGAGAACCAAGAGCUGAAGCAAGAAAAGGAAGGAAAAGAAAAUACCAGAAUAACAAACUUGACAGUAAAUACUGGACUAGAUUGUUCAGAAAAGACCAGAGAGGAGGGGAACUUUAGGAAAUCUUUUAGCCCAAAAGAUGAUACUUCAUUACAUUUAUUUCAUAUUUCCACGGGUAAAUCUCCCAAACAUUCUUGUGGAUUAAGUGAAAAACAGUCAACACCACUAAAACAAGAACAUACUAAAACAUGUUUAUCCCCAGGAAGUUCUGAAAUGUCAUUACAGCCUGAUCUUGUUCGGUAUGAUAAUACAGAAUCUGAAUUCUUGCCAGAAAGUUCAAGUGUAAAAUCUUGUAAGCAUAAAGAUAAAAGCAAACAUCAGAAAGAUUUCCAUUUAGAAUUUGGUGAAAAAUCAAAUGCCAAAAUAAAGGAUGAAGAUCAUAGUCCAACGUUUGAAAAUUCAGAUUGCACACUGAAAAAAACAGAUAAAGAAGGUAAAACAUUAAAAAAACAUAAAUUGAAACAUAAAGAGAGGGAAAAAGAAAAGCAUAAAAAAGAAGUAGAAGUUGAAAAGGAAAAAUACAAAAAUAAGGAUAGUGCCAAAGAACUGCAGAGGAGCGUGGAAUUUGAUAGAGAAUUUUGGAAAGAGAAUUUUUUUAAAAGUGAUGAAACUGAAGAUCUGUUUUUAAAUAUGGAACAUGAAUCCCUAACAUUAGAAAAAAAAUCAAAAUUGGAAAAAAACAUCAAAGAUGAGAAAACCAAGGAAAAGCAUGUUUCAAAAGAGAGAAACUUUAAAGAGGAACGAGACAAGUUUAAAAAGGAAAGUGAGAAAUCUUUUAGGGAGGAAAAAAAAGAUUUAAAAGAAGAGAGAGAGAACAUACCCACAGAUAAAGACUCAGAAUUAAUUUCUUUGGGUAUGAGUGCUAUUGAGGAAUCUAUCGGGCUUCAUUCAAUGGAAAAGGAAAUAGACAUUGAAAAGCAAGAAAAGCAUAUAAAGGAAAGUAAAGAAAAAUCUGAGAAGCGAUUUCAAACUAAAGAAAAGGACAUUGAGAAGGAAAGAAAAAACUUUGAAAAGAAGAUAAAACAUGAGCAUAAAUCAGAAAAAGACAAGUUAGAUCUUAGUGAAUGUGUCGAUAAAAUAAGAGAAAAGGACAAGCUGUAUUUGCAUCACACAGAAAAAUGCCAUAAAGAAGGUGAGAAGAGCAAAACUGCUGCUAUUAAAAAAACUGAUGACAGAGAGAAAAGUAGAGAAAAGAUGGAUAGGAAACAUGACAAAGAAAAGCCUGAAAAAGAGAGGCAUCUAGCAGAAAGCAAAGAAAAGCACUUGAUGGAGAAAAAAAAUAAACAAUCAGAUAAUAGUGAGUAUACUAAAUCAGAAAAAGGAAAAAAUAAAGAAAAAGACAGAGAGCUAGACAAAAAAGAAAAAUCUAGAGAUAAAGAAAGUAUAAAUAUAGCUAACUCCAAACAUGUACAGGAAGAGAAAAAAUCAAGUAUAGUAGAUGGUAAUAAAGCACAACAUGAAAAACCCUUAUCCCUUAAAGAAAAAACAAAAGAUGAACCUUUGAAAACUCCAGAUGGAAAAGAAAAAGAUAAAAAAGAUAAAGAUAUAGAUAGAUACAAAGAAAGAGACAAACAUAAAGAUAAAAUUCAACUAAAUAGUUUACUCAAACUAAAAUCUGAAGCAGAUAAGCCUAAACCUAAGUCAUCACCAGCAUCAAAAGAUACCCGGCCUAAAGAAAAGAGGUUAGUGAAUGAUGAUUUAAUGCAGACAAGUUUUGAACGAAUGCUAAGCCUUAAAGACCUAGAAAUAGAACAGUGGCACAAAAAACAUAAGGAAAAAAUUAAGCAAAAAGAAAAGGAACGGUUGAAAAAUCGUAACUGUUCAGAACUUAAAAUAAAAGAUAAAGAAAAAACAAAGCAUACACCAGCUGAAUCCAAAAAUAAAGAACUUACUAGGUCAAAGAGUUCAGAAUUGAGUGAUGCUUAUACCAAGGAGAAACAACCUAAAGAUGCUGUGAGUAACAGAUCACAAUCUGUUGACACCAAAAAUGUAAUGACUUUAGGGAAGUCAUCUUUUGUUUCUGAUAAUAGCUUAAACAGGUCUCCUAGAUCAGAAAAUGAAAAGUCAGGUCUCAGCUCCAGAUCUGUAUCCAUGAUUUCUGUUGCUAGUUCAGAAGAUUCCUGCCAUACUACAGUGACAACCCCAAGGCCUCCAGUUGAGUAUGACUCUGACUUUAUAUUAGAGGGUUCGGAAUCCCAAAUGUCCUUUUCCCAGUCACCUUUUUUGUCAAUUGCCAAAUCACCUGCCCUUCAUGAAAGGGAAUUGGACAGCCUGGCUGACUUGCCAGAGCGGAUUAAGCCACCAUAUGCAAACAGACUUCCAACAUCCCAUCUUAGGUCAUCUUCUGUAGAAGAUGUUAAACUAAUUAUAAGUGAGGGGAGACCUACUGUAGAAGUUCGAAGAUGUAGCAUGCCGUCUGUCAUUUGUGACCAUACAAAACAAUUCCAGACAAUAUCAGAAGAAAGCAAUCAAGGUAGCUUAUUAACUGUGCCAGGAGAUACUAGUCCUUCUCCCAAACCUGAGGUAUUCUCAAAUGUGCCUGAAAGAGAGCUUUCAGAUGUGUCUAACAUCCAUUCCAGUCUUGCAGCCUCUCCAACUGGAGCUUCAAACAGCAAAUGUGUUUCGGCUGAUAGAAAUAUCAAGAAUACUGCUCCAGUGGGCACUGUAAUGGACAGUCCGGUGCAUUUAGAGCCAUCUAGUCAAGUUGGUGUGAUCCAAAAUAAAUCAUGGGAGUUGCCUGAUAGACUAGAGACAUUAAGCACCAGAGACUUUAUCUGCCCACAUUCUAACAUACCUGAUCAAGAAUCCUCUCUUUUGAGUUUUUCUAAUCCUGAAAACAAAAUAUUGAAAGAAAAUGCUGAUUUUUUUUCCCUUCACCAGACUGAACUGCCAGGAAACUCUUACGCUCAGGAUCCAGCAUCCUUUAUGCCUUCACAGCAACCUUGCUCUUUCCCCAGCCAAUCACUUUCAGAUGCUGAAUCGAUUUCUAAACCUAUGUCUUUGUCAUAUGUUGCCAAUCAAGAGCCAAGUAUUUUACAUCAAAAAAAUGCAGUUCAGAUUAUUAGGUCUGUUUUAGAUACUGACAAUGAAUCUACAAAAGAUACAGAAAAUACUUUUGUCCUAGGAGAUGUUCAAAAAACAGAUGCCUUUGUCCCAUUAUACUCUGAUGGCAUUCUUCAGGAAGCAUCACCAAACUUUGAGAAGGCUUACACUUUACCUGUGUUACUGUCAGAAAAAGACUUUAGUGGACGUGAUGCCUCUACCCAGCUAAAUACACAUUAUGCAUUUAGCAAACUAACUUAUAAGUCUUCCAGUGGCCAUGAAGUUGAGAACAGCACAAUUGAUAUUCAGGUUAUUUCACAUGAAAAGGAAAACAAAGUAGAGAGUUUGGUUUUAACUCAUUUGAAUAGGUGUGAUUCUGAUUUAUGUGAAAUGAAUGCAGGGAUGCCAAAAGGAAACCUAAAUGAACAAGAUAAUCCAAAACAUUGUCCUGAAAGUGAAAAGUGUUUGGUUUCCAUAGAAGAUGAAGAAUCUCAACAAAGCAUUUUAUCAAGUCUGGAAAACCAUUCACAACAGUCAGCUCAACCAGAAAUGCAUAAAUAUGGUCAGUUAGUUAAAGUAGAAUUAGAAGAAAAUGCCGAAGAUGAAAAAACUGAAAACCAAAUCCCUCAAAGAAUGACUAGAAACAAAGCAAAUACAAUAGCAAAUCAAAACAAACCUAUUCUUGCUAGCUGUACACUAUUAUCAGAAAAAGACAGUGAAUCCUCAUCUCCUAGAGGAAGAAUAAGAUUAACAGAAGAAGAUGAUCCUCAAAUUCACCAUCCACGGAAAAGGAAAGUGUCACGUGUACCUCAGCCUGUGCAAGUGAGUCCCUCUUUACUACAGGCUAAAGAGAAAACUCAGCAAUCUCUGGCAGCCAUUGUAGAUUCUCUGAAACUAGAUGAGAUUCAGCCAUACAGUUCAGAGAGAGCAAAUCCAUAUUUUGAAUACUUGCACAUAAGAAAAAAAAUUGAAGAAAAACGCAAAUUAUUGUGUAGUGUGAUUCCUCAAGCACCUCAGUAUUAUGAUGAAUAUGUAACAUUUAAUGGAUCAUAUCUCCUGGAUGGAAACCCCUUAAGCAAGAUUUGUAUUCCCACAAUUACACCACCACCUUCGCUGUCAGAUCCACUUAAAGAGCUUUUCCGGCAGCAGGAAGUUGUAAGGAUGAAACUACGUUUGCAACACAGUAUUGAAAGGGAAAAACUCAUUGUAUCCAAUGAACAAGAAGUUCUGCGAGUUCAUUACAGAGCUGCAAGAACAUUGGCAAAUCAAACACUGCCAUUUAGUGCUUGUACUGUUUUGCUGGAUGCUGAAGUAUACAAUGUACCCUUGGACUCUCAGUCUGAUGACAGUAAAACUUCUGUGAGGGAUCGCUUUAAUGCAAGACAGUUCAUGUCUUGGUUACAAGAUGUGGAUGAUAAAUUUGACAAAUUGAAGACCUGUCUUUUAAUGAGGCAGCAACAUGAAGCUGCGGCUUUAAAUGCUGUCCAGAGAUUAGAAUGGCAGCUCAAACUCCAGGAACUUGAUCCUGCCACCUAUAAAUCUAUCAGCAUUUAUGAAAUCCAGGAGUUUUAUGUUCCCCUUGUUGAUGUUAACGACGACUUUGAAUUGACUCCUAUAUAGCAGUCAGUACUUCCUGAUGGUAUUAUCUUAACUGGUGAACUGGUGAUGCUUAAGCGUUAUACUGUGGAAUACUGCCUUUUGACAAAAAUACUCAUGCCUUUACAAUUGUUAGUAAAGUUCAAUUAUAGUUGGUUAUGUAGUAAACACUGUCAUUUUAUAAAAAAUGAGAAUUAUUUUGGAUCUUAGAUCCAAACACAGUUUCUAAUAGAAAACAAUUAUUUAUAUUGGAAAAGGUAACUAUUGCAUUACAGCAUGUUGGCAGACUGGUAGAUUUAAAAAGUUGAGAAUCUGCUAACAGCGCUGGAAGUUGUUAGCACUCUUGAGUAAUGAGAUAACCACUAGUGUUCAAAUCUCUUUCAGGUUUUAAUAAAAAUACAUCAAUAAACUAAAAGGGUCAGUUCCUACCAAAUAGUUUCUAAUGUGGGAGAAAAACUUGGCACAAAAUUUCUUCAGUUUAUUAUAUCUGUAAAUUAUUGUACAGUUUUCUUUUUGAAAAGUUUUAAUAUUGUCUUCCUUUUUAAUAACUUAUUUUAUACAUAUUGUGCAGAUGUAAAUCUUGUAAUUAAUGGUCAAACUGUAUACAGAGGGAUUGGUAGUCAAAACAUGUACAAAGAAAUAACUGUAAAACCGUUUUGUCUCCUGUUUUAUUGGACCAAAGUUGUGGUUUGUAUGGGGUGUAGUAGUAGUGUGUACAGGUAGAAAACUUUUAAAUACGGCAUGCAUGUGUUUCAGUUAGCUUGUUUUCAUCACCAUAACUGCAGAGAUUGUGGCUUAGUUGUAUUGCAUGCUUCCUAUCAUUUAACUCUCCAUAAUUGAUGCCUGCAACAGUGUAAGGCGCUUCAUACUAGUUUCCUCUAGUAGACUUGUGACAUACUGUGUUUAGACUUAGUCAUAAAAAAAACUUAGCUCUUUUUUCAUCUCACUGUAGAGCCUAUUUCCCCAGGAAAAAAAAAUGCCUUUGAAUGAAAAUUCUGAAAUUAUAAAUGUCUAUUUUAAUAUUCAACUAUGAAAGAAUCUGUGAAUAUAUGUAAAUAUGUUUAAUAAAUUUUAUUGGUCAUGUUAAAUCAUUGUAAAACUUUUUUACAUUGCUUAAUGUUUUAAGCUUAAUAGCCUUUGCACUUUUGAAAUAAAAACUGAGUAUGCAAAUCAAAAAAAGAUAUUUGGUAGUCAAAAUAAGUAAAAGAAAUAUAGGAAUAUUCCAGUCAAUCUCUGAAAUGUUUAUGAAAAACAGGUUAAUAUGUUGUUUUUUUCCUUGUGUCAAGAUACAAAAUAUAAUUUGCAAAAUUUUAUAAUUAAAAACUUGGUAUGCUGUUUUAUAAUAAAUUAGCAAUAUACUUAGGAAAAAAUCCAGUUUCUCCUAUAACAUGAUGUAAAUUAAAUAUUCAGGAAUAUUUCAGGUCUGAAAUCUGCUGCUGUACUUGUUAGACAUUUUUGAAAGGAAAAUUAGGUUACUGCACAUAUGAGGUAAAAUUUUGAAACUUUCCACAAUACUUUCUUGAAUUAUGAUACUGAAUGUUUUCUAUUCCCAUAGAGCAAAGUGAGCAAAUAUGUGAGGAAUGAAGUGAUCUAGGACAAGCUGGAAAUUCCAGCUAGUGGAAGAGAAUGUAAAUGUUUUUGAGUGCAAAGGUACAUAUUAAGCUUAGGGAUUUUUGAAUUUUUACGUCAAUUCAUAUUUUAAUUCUUACUGUACUUGGCAUGCGCAAUAAAGCAGCACAUGUAAAAAAAAAUACAUAGUGCAAGGACUUUAUUAUAAAGGUUGGAUUUAGUUUUCUUUAGAAAUUUAGGCGAGAGAUUUUGGCCUUUUUUAUUGGAUAAAUGGGGCCAGAAAGGCAGGGUAGAUUUUGAAGCACUGGUUCUGUUGAAGUUAAGUUUAUUAAGCCUGGGAACAUUAAAAGCUAAUUUAUAAAAGCAAUACUUUUUAAUAUGAAUACUUACUGCAAAGUUUGUUUAUACUUUCACCUAAAAAGGAAAUUUGAUGGGUUAGUGUGGCAAAUUGUAAAAAUCAAAAGCCAAAUGAUUGAGCUUUGAAGUUACAGAAAAUCAGAGAGGAUUAAGUUUAUAGAGCAUUUUGUUCUGAUGGUUGCUGGGAAAUAGUUGGGCCAAACAGAACAAGCUUCAGAAGAGAAAAGCCAGCAAGCAGGAAUCUGGUGAAUUUUAGUCAUCCAGCUUUUUAGUCUUAACCACAGUUCUCACGCUCUUCAGUAGUACCUCAAAAAGCUGGAGCCUCUCUGCCAUGAUGAUGCUUCUACAGAUUUCCUUUGUAAAGUGACUCAAAGCUAAUGAUAGCUUAAAAGAAAAAUUAAUGCCUUCUCAUUGGAAAUGUAUACUCAAAUAAGUUGUUAAGGGCUUUUGGUAUUAAAGAUAUUCUGAAGCUCUAAAAUGCUAGGAAAAAACUUGGAAUGCAGUAUAUGCCUCAAAAGGUUUUGGAUUCAGAAAGAAAAAUAAAGGAUGAUUAGUUUAAUCAAUGAUUCCUUUUAAAUUAUUCAAAUAUCAUGAACAAGAUACUAAAUUGUACCUUUUGGAUUUGUAUUUCUUUAAAAUUUGUUCUAAAUAUCUGUUUAAUAAAUGACUAGUUGAUAUUUGUGCAUGUUAUUUAAUAAAGAGUUAUAUUUUUAUAGAAAAAAAUAAGAGUGAAAUGUGUGCUAAAUGUUUUUUACUUAAUUUUACUUGGGCAGCUAGCAAAAUUGCAGAAAUGUUCAUCCUGGGAAAAGAAAAGGCCUUUCGAGAAUUAGCCUUUCAAGUUCAAAUCUGUUUAGUAAUGAGAAGUCUCACAAAUGAAUUUUUAGGUAUACCGUAGACAUUUUAGGUUCUGGACCAUCUCAGUAAAGCAAAUACUACAAUAAAGCAAGUCAAGAGGAAUUUUUUUGGUUUCACAGUGCAUAUAAAAGUUUUGUUUGCACUAUAGUCUAUUAUGCAAUAGCAUUAUGUCUAAAAAUAUGUAUAUAAGUUUAAAAACAUUUCAUUGCUAAAAAAUGGUAAUGAAGUCAGCACAUGCCAUUGGAAAAAGAACACCAAUAAACUUGCUUGAUGCAGGGUUGCCACAAACCUUCAAUUUGUAAAAACCUGCAGUAGAUACAAAACACAAUAAAGCAAAGCACAAUAAAACAGGAUUGCCUUUAUUAGACAUGCUGCAAACUUCAUAAUUGGAAACAUCGCAAAGACUCCAUGAAGCUAAUUUGAAUGAGACUUAACAAUAAGACAGUUAUUCUAGAAAUUGAAUGCAGAGCUAAAUACAUACUUUUCCAAAAGACAGUAUUUUUUAUUGUCUCUGGUAUAUUAAAACAUAAAAACCCAAACUUUUAUAUAGAAGAAAUUGACUGUAAAACUCAGUGUUUAAAGGAAGCAUUUUCACAUUUUUUAAAAUUCUUUUUAAGUAUUUAGGGCAAAAUUAUUCUUAGAAGAGAUAGUAAUGGAAAAGCUUGCAUGAAGUUUAGUGGUUAAGAUACCUUGUAAUUUAUUCUCUCUCUCUUUUUAUUUUUUAUUGUUUUAUUUUAUUUUUGAGGCAGUCUCUCUCUCUUGCCCAGGCUGGAAUGCAGUGGCACCAUCUCAGCUCACUACAACCUCCGCCUCCCAGGUUCAAGCAAUUCUCCUGCCUCAGCCUCCCAAAUAGCUGAGGCUACCACCAUGCCCAUCUAAUUUUUUAAUUUUUCAUAAAGAUGGGGUUUCACUACAUUGGCCAGGCUGGUCUCAAACUCCUGACCUGGUGAUCCGCCUUCCUUGGCUUCCCAAAGUGCUAGGAUUACAGAUGUGAGCCACCACACCCGGCCCUUGUAAUUCAUUCUUUAAGUGACUUCUUGGGAGUCACCUUUUACCUAAAAUGAAGUUUUCUUUUAAGCUUCCACAGAAAUAGUCACCCAAAGUAUUUCCAGUCAAUAAAAUCAGAAUUCCUAGAAGAAACUGAAGCAAAUUAAUUCCGUUAGUCAAAAUGGCUUUUAAAAAUGUGUUAACAUAAAAACAGCAAAAAGUACAAUUUUUAAAAACUGGGUUUUUCCAGUGGUUAAAUGCUAUCUAGUGACUGCAAACAAUACAGUUUUUUUGUACAUGGACAGUAUCUUCAUAAAAGAAAAUAGGCCAAUAUGGUGAAACCCUUUCUCUACUAAAAAUACAAAAAUUAGCUGGGCAUGAUGAUGCCCACUUGUCCUCCUAGCUAUUUGGGAGGUUGAGGCAGGAGAAUUGCUUAACCUUGGGAGGCAGAGGUUGCUAUGAGCCGAGGUCAUGCCACUGUACUCCAGCCUGGGCAACAGAGAGACUCCAUCUUAGAAAAAAAAAAAAAAAAAGUAUCUAAAAUUUUUUUUUUCUCAGGGUCCUAACUCUGUUGUCUAGGGUGGGGUGCAGUGGCGCAAUCAUGGCUCACUGUGGCCUGGACUCCUGGGCUCAGCUGAUUCUCCUAUCUUAAGCCUCCCAGGUAGCUGGGACUACAAGCAUGCACCACCACACCCAGCUAAUUUUUUUUUUUUUUUUUGAGACGGAGCUUUACUCUUGUUACCCAGGCUGGAGUGCAAUGGCGCAAUCUUGGCUCACCGCAACCUCCGUCUCCUGGGUUCAGGCAAUUCUCCUGCCUCAGCCUCCCGAGUAGCUGGGAUUACAGGCGUGCGCCACCAUGCCCAGCUAAUUUUUCGUAUUUUUAGUAGAGACGGGGUUUCACCAUGUGGCUCUUGACCUCGUGAUUGUAGAGAUGGGGUUUUGCCACACUGCUCCGGCUGAUCUCAAACUCUUGGGUUCAAGUGAUCCUCCCACAUUGGCCUCCCAAAGUGCUGGGAUUACAGGCAUGAGCCACCGCACCCAGUCUAAAAUUUUUAACCUAAAGAUGAAUGCAGUCUUUGCAUGGGGAUUCAGUUUUAUUAGGUCCAUUAGUUACUCGAGAACUGAACAAAAACAUGAAGUAUGUUUAUUAAUUUUGUUGAGUUUUUAAAUGCAUUUUUUAAAAAUUCCAUUCCAUAUCCACGUAUCUGACUAGUACUAAAUAUAAAGCUCUUAGGUAGCCAUGUUUUUUUUCUCACCUUUUUUUUUUCCGAGACGGAGUUUCGCUCUUGUUACCCAGGCUGGAGUGCAAUGGCACGAUCUCGGCUCAUCACAACCUCCGCCUCCUGGGUUGAGGCAAUUCUCCUGCCUCAGCCUCCUGAGUAGCUGGGAUUAUAGGCACGCGCCACCAUGACCAGCUAUUUUUUUUGUAUUUUUAGUAGAGACGGGAUUUCACCAUGUCGACCAGAAUGGUCUCAAUCUCUUGAACUCGUGAUCCACCGGCGUCGGCCUCCCAAAGUGCUGGGAUUACAGGCUUGAGCCACCGCUCCCGGCCUUUUUUUCUCACCUUUUAAAAAAAGUGUAGCAUGUGUUUACAAGUUUAAAAGGCACCACCUGUGCACCCAUCACUCAGCUUAAUAUUUAUCAGUAACUUUCUCAGGUUUUUUUUUUCCAUUGUUUGUUAUAGUCUAUAUUCAAUAAAAUUUCCCAGAUCUUAAUUCUAGGCAGUUUGAUAAAUCCUGACAAAGGUAAACACUCACAUUACCAUCAUGUAAAUUAAGAUAUUGUAAAACAUUUCCACUACCCUAGAAAGUUCAUUCAUGCCGCUCUCCAGUCACUACCCCUGAGGCAGCCACUGUGCUGAUUUCCUAUCACCAUAUGUUAGUUGUACCUAGCCUUGAACUUCAUAGAAAUAGAACCAUACAUACUCUCUUGUGUCUGCCUUGUUUCUCUCAAAAGGUUUCGAAGUUCAUCCAUGUUGCACCUAUCAGUAAUGAGUCGUAGCUUAUUAAUGAGUAGUAGUAUAUUGUACAAAUUUGUUUAUUCAUUCUCUUGUUGGUAUUUGGAUUGUUUCCAGUCUGGGACUAUUGUUAAUAAACCUGUGAAUAUGCAAGCCUA